AUGCCCAGAGAAAAGUCUUCGCGGAAUAAGGAAAGUCAACGGUUUUCUUAUAUUUUACCUGCACCUAGUAGUACGGCUACGAUUCCAACUAUGGAGGAGGUACUUAACGGCCGACUUACAAAAAAGGAAAAGAUUCAUAAAACUGAAGAUCCUUCAGAAACCAAACACCGCGUUGGUAAAGAAAAGCAAAAAAUAAAAUCUUCACACAGUGCAACUCGACAUGAAUGGUCAGAAACUUCUCGACAUAUACCACCACAACCUCCUAAACUUCCACGACUACCUACCAUGGAAGAGAUACUGGACGUGAACCGGCGCGUCAAGGUAGAAGAGCCUGAAGAAAAUUAUGAUUCUUCAAGUGAUUCGUCUCCAUAUACUCCAUAUGAUUUUUCCCAAACUUUACCCCUCAUGGAGGAAGUUUUAGAUGUGAAGCGUAGUUUCACAUUCGAAGUAAAAGAAGAAAGGUAUUCUUCUACGCCCGCUACCUUUUCUCAAAUAUUAUCCGCUCCUCAAUACUCAAGAAAAUCUUUAACAAAAAUGGACACCAUGCCUACAAUGGAGGAGAUAUUGAACAGAAAAUUGACAGAGACAUCAAAUUACCAUAUCGCGACUCGGUCAUCCAAGCGCAAAGCAAAGUCAGAUCCACAAAUUCCUAUUCCAUUGCCCGCUUUAUCAACCUUAUCAACAGUCCGUAAAGUUCAAGUAGACAACGUCGAUACGCCAAUGUCGCCCACGGCAUUUACCUUCAAAAUGAAGGUUCAAGAUUUUGAUAAACAAAUUCCCAUUUCAUCUACUACCCAUAAAACAAAAGCAGAAAACAUGGAUCAACCAAUAUCUAAUUCACAUAAAGCCAAAACAAACAUAACAACUGCGAUUACAAAGGGCGACAAUGUCUCUAAAUCUACCGUUUCAAAAAUCUCUACUUUUAGUGCACCUGGAAAUCCUAAUGUAAAGCCAUGUUAUUCGUACUCCUCUUUGAUUGGCCAGGCCUUGAUGCAGGCUCCUGGGAGAACACUUGCUCUAGCAGAAAUUUAUAGAUGGAUUUCGGAAACUUAUCCUUUCUAUAAACAGGAUCAGGAUGGUUGGAAGAACUCUAUUCGCCACAAUCUUUCUCUUAAUUCGGCUUUUGUAAGAGUACCAAGACAGGAAGAUAGAUUGCACUGUUGGACUAUCAAUCCUGAAGAAGAGCAUUGCUUCAAAAAUGGCGUGUUCACUCCAAUCAAAAAACCGAAAGGUAAUAAGCGACCUCGUACCAAUAUGUCAAGUAACGAUUCUAAUGAAUUGAAAAUAAUCGAUUUUGAUUAUGCUAGAAGUAGCACUUCAAGUCAAACCGUCGUAGAUAUUGACUCAAGUGAUUCAACUAUCGUUGAUUCUGAUUCAGGAUACUGCGAUUAUAUUGACAUAGAUAUGAUCCAAUCAUAUUAG